AUGAGGGGGAGCAACAUGCUCAGCUCCAGUGGCUGCUCCAGUGGGAGCAACAAAAGAACGCUGCAGCAGGAUUGCAGUGGCGGCAGCCAUGCCCAGGAGCACACCAAGAAGAAGUCUCGCAUCGGCAUGAGAACAGACUACACAUAUGCACCGUAUCAUGAUGGAUUCCAGUGGAGAAAAUAUGGGCAGAAGGUGAUCCGGGGCAAUGCCUUCCCAAGGUGCUACUACAGGUGCACGUACCACCAGGAUCAUGGCUGUUCGGCGAGCAAGCACGUGGAGCAGCACAACUCGGCGGACCCGCCGCUGUUCCGUGUGGUCUACACGAACGAUCACACAUGCAGCGGCGCUGCUGCUACCGCAUCGGACUACAUGGCCUCAUCGAUGCACAUCCAGCAGAUCGCCGACGCCUCUCUGAGAAAGGCCGACACGGAAGCGGAAAGGCCGCCGCGCCCGCAGCAGCCUCGCUCCGGCGGCGGCGGCUACGCCGCAGCGAUAAAAGAGGAGAAAGACGCCAUCGUCUCCUCCCUGCUCACCGUCAUCAGAGGCAGCUGUGACGUUGUGAAAUCUGACACUGCCCACGAGGGCUACAGCAGUGCGUCGCUGGCUAGUAACUGCUACGCGAUGUCAUCACCAUCGGUGGCCGGAGGUAGCCGUGAGGGUAGUAGCAGCUCUUCAGUUUCGCCAGUGGUGCUGCCGGCGCCAGAUGACAUGGGAUUGGGACUGGAUUUCAUGGUGGAGUCCCACUGGUUCGAGCCUUUGGAUUUGGGUUGGUUCGUAGAAUAG